UGAAGGGCUUGCUGGUUUCUUCUCGCAGCACAAAUUAAACGACUGCAGUUUAUAUAUUUAAGAAAACUUAAAUAAACGAAAAUUGUCAGUUCGAGUGACGAUAAUUAAUAACCAAAAAUAUUUUUAAUUUUUUUAUUUAUUAGUAAUUAGUUGUUUUGAAAAAUUGUAUUCAUUAAUUUACUGUACAAAGUGAUAUAAAUUAUUCAAAAUAUACGACCGAUUUCGUGAGUUUUUUUUUUCUUCCACAUUAUGCACAUUAUUGUACACAGCAAAUAAUAUAAAAUUGUGGACAGAGGCCUAGGGAUACGGAUAAGUAGUGUGUUCAAAUCUUUUUAUAGAAAAUUAGCGGUUUUUUCGUUCGUUGUUUGAGGAAUAAAUUGUAUAUUAAAAAGCAUCAAAACGGAGAACGUCAAGAGAUAUUUAAAUAUGGCAACAUCAAAUACAAUUGUUCUGAAGAGUUUAUCUGUACUUCUUGGAUUAUUUUUUGUGUUUGUGGGAGCACUCAAACUAACACCACACAUUAGCAAGGAUUUAUACAAAGAUUUGCGAACGGAGUACGUUAAGUAUGCAAAGGUUUUCCCCCUCACUGCCUUGUUUGGAAUUAAAGUUCCUUCCAAAUGGUAUCGUCGCUGCGUUGGAAUUCUAGAAAUUGUUUGCGGUUUGGCGAUGGCUUUGAUUCCAUUUCAUAAAAUCAAGAAUGCUGCAAACGUAACACUCCUGAUGCUUAUGUUGCUUGGAGUCUAUCAGCAUUACAUGGUUAGUGAUCCUUUUGAGAGAUCUGGUCCAGCACUUGUAUUUACAUUUAUGCUUGGAGGCAGACUUGUAGUAUGGUAUCAGACAAGUCGAAAAGAAACUGAACUUGCAUCGGCAAAUCCAGCCCAAGCAAAUGGCAUCAAGCAGGACUAAAUUCGUUUUCAAUUAUCAGUUUUUUUCUUUUGGAUCCUAGCAGAAAUUGAACAAAACAAAAAAAAAAUGGCAUUAGAACUCAUAUAAUCCUAAUCAAAGCGAAACGAUUAUAAACCUAGUGAAUUAUUUUAAUUUAUGUUUGUCAAAACCCAUUUCUAGUCGUAGUUUUUAAAAACUCGUGAUAGCUACUUUUGUUUUUAAUUUACUAGCAUAUUUUACUUUUAAGUGCCAAACGAGAAUUGUGCGUGCUGAUAUCAUAGGAAUACAUAUUAAUAUUUUAAUGCACAACAAAAAAAAAUCCCUUUCUGAGAGGAAUUCACAUAAAUGACAAAGAAACUUUUUUGAUUUCUAUUUGAAAAUACAUUUUUUAUAAAAAAAACAAAGAUAAAAUAAAAAAAUCU